UGACAUGCACUACCUAUUAUUUAUUAUUUUCUGUCUAAUAUACUUGGCAAUUACUUAUCAAUUUUCUGGUGUAUACUGAAUCUAAAAUCGAACUGUCGUCUUGGAAAACUAAAUGUCGUGUUUUUGUCUUAAACAUUACUAUCUUUAAUAUAUUUCAGACCAUAUUGUGUCGUAACCUUUUUCAUGUUGUAUGUAUAGUGCAUGGUGAACAAUGGCUAAAACCAAAGUCACAGGAGCGACUAGUAGAUUGAAGCAGGAUUACCUCAGACUGAAAAAUGAUCCUGUUCCAUACGUGACCGCAGAGCCUGUGCCCUCGAAUAUCCUUGAAUGGCAUUACGUUGUCAAAGGUCCAGAGAAAAGUCCUUACGAAGGAGGUUAUUACCAUGGAAAAAUUAUGUUUCCGAGGGAAUUCCCUUUCAAGCCGCCGUCUAUUUACAUGAUUACGCCAAACGGAAGAUUCAAAACAAACACAAGACUGUGCUUAAGCAUAACCGAUUUUCAUCCUGACACAUGGAAUCCAGCCUGGUCCAUUUCCACUAUAUUGACGGGUUUAUUGAGCUUUAUGCUGGAAAAGACACCAACAUUGGGCUCUAUAGAGACUUCAGAUUACCAAAAACGAUGUCUGGCAGCUGAAUCACUGGAGAUUAAUUUGAAGAAUAAGAUGUUUUGCGAGCUAUUUCCAGAGUAUGUGGAAGAGAUAGAUCACCUGUUGAAACAGAGACAAGAGGCUAUGCUCCAAUCUGAUAACACCAAUAUGACAAGUGGCGAAAGUGAUGUGACUACAGAACAACAAUCCAGCAUGUAUUAUAUUAUAACUAAUUUGUUUGUGUUAGUUGGCUUUGUUUUUUUGGCAUAUAUGGUCAAAUAUGUUUUAGUUUCGAUAUCUAAUGAUUAGUGGUACCUUAUUUGUAAAUGUACAUAUUGUAAUUUAUUUUGUAAAUAUAUAUUCCAUUAGAAGCAAAUAAUUUUAAUUUGUUGUGGUAAAUGGUUGCAACUCAGUACCAACAAGAUGGUAAUUCCUUUACAUUUCUUAAAAUAUUUACAAUAAAUGAAUACAGUGCUAUAUAAUAUUUAUAUUGUGUUUUUUUACUUAUUUGAUACACAUUCUCAGUUUGAAAUUGUAACUAAAGCAAUAUUAGAUGUGCAUAUGCAAUAAAUAUGUGUGGUAUAGUAUAUAAACUUUCUAUUGUAUAUACUUUUACUUUCACAGCUAUUUACUUUAGUUUGUAAACACUGAGGCUGGCAAUCUCUGCUGCUUUAUGUAAGUAGUGGUGUAUAGCUUGUGAUUGUUAUAGAUAUCACCUGUAAUUGCAAAUGUUAAUAAAAAGAUUUUCAAUGAACUGUAAUUGUGUAUGUAUACUGUGACACAAUUUGGCUGUUCAAUAUUGUUCUGAGAUGCAACGUUACCAAAAUUUAAACACAAAUUGCACAUAGUGUGGGAUAGUCGAUCUUGUUUCCUAUACCUUAUCUCUCAUGAAAUUGCAGAUAUAGUACUUGCAUAAAUACAAGUUCAUUAUUGAAUAAAUCUAUAUAUUGUAUGAAAGCCAUUGUAUUUUUUAUAGUAAUAGCAUAGCUAUAAUGAUGAUAAGUAAGUAGUUAUAUCUAUUUAGAUAUUUUAAAACAAGCUAAUGCUUAAACUGUAAGUUGACAUGUUAUGUGCAGUAUUUAUCUGUCAGUUUUUAUUAUAUCUGAACAAACAAAAUAAAAAAAAAACUAAAUUAUAAGGUACAGUGGCUGCACCUAUUGAAAAUAGUAUAAGGUAUAAAAAUCCACAUAAAAUUAUAAACAUAAUCAAUACUACUUACUUCAUGCAUUGCUAAUACUGAGGAUUAGUUGUUAUACUAGUAAGAAUUAUAUUGGCUAACUAAAUUUCAAUAACUGGGGAUUAUAUUCAUGCACAAAUAAAAUUAUAUAAUAAUGCUGUAAGAAAUAAAAUAAAUAAUAUAGAAAUAAGUAAUGUUAAAGCACACAUUAAUGAUUAAAAUAAUUUUUGCAUCACAGCAGUAGGCAUGUUGCUUUGUCUAAGUAAGAAUUAGCUUUGAAAAAUAUUAAUCUUAUUAAAAUCCAAAGUAUUUAUAUUCUGUAUUAUAAUUAUUGCAUUUAUACUAUCAUUAAUAAAAUACUUUAUCUCUUGUUAUAUUUAUAACACCUAUGUAAUGAAUUAUAAUUUACUAUGAUUAUAGUCAUCUUCGCAACUUACUGCAAUUUUCAAAGUAUCAUUUUCAUAUAAUAUGAUAAUAAAGUUGUGUCUUUAUUACAUUAACUGAUCCAUCUUUUUUCUUAGGACUGCAGGUAUAUAUUAACAAAAUGUUUUAGUUAUGAAUAUUCUGCACAUACUAAUGUAAGAAAUACCAAAAGGAUUUCUGUUUAUUUG